AUGAACCGUUCCGAAGGGUUGGUGCAAAGAAGAAAUGUCGUAAAGGAGAAUUCCGAUGGUACUCAGAAAGAAAACCAUGACGAUGAUAAGAAAAAUGAUAAAAAUUAUGAUGAUGGCGACUCAAAAGAAACUCGCCUAACGUUAAUGGAAGAAGUUUUACUUUUAGGAUUAAAGGACAAAGAGGGUUACACAUCAUUUUGGAAUGAUUGCAUAUCUAGUGGUCUCAGAGGAUGUAUAUUAAUUGAACUGGGACUACGCGGACGAAUAGAAUUAGAAAGGGCUGGUAUGAGAAGGAAAGGACUAUUGUCUAGAAAAGUGAUCGUGAAAGCAGAUUCACCAACUGGAGAUGUUCUUUUGGAUGAAGCACUAAAACAUAUGAAAGAGACUGAACCCCCAGAAACUGUACAAAGUUGGAUAGAAUAUCUUAGCGGUGAAACUUGGAAUCCUAUGAAACUAAAAUAUCAGCUCAAGAACGUACGAGAAAGGUUAGCAAAGAAUCUUGUGGAAAAAGGAGUUCUUACCACAGAGAAACAAAAUUUUCUCUUGUUUGAUAUGACAACACACCCUUUAACAGAUAAUGUUGUUAAAUGCCGAUUAGUUAAAAAGGUGCAAGAAGCAGCUCUUCGACGUUCUAUAACUGAUGUUGCUCAUGCCGACAAGCGCUCUCUGGCAUUAUUGAUGCUCGCCCACUCGGCGGAUGUGCUUGAGAACGCUUUUGCACCACUCUCAGAUGAAGACUAUGAAUUGGCGACGCGAAGAGUGCGUGCUUUGCUUGACUUGGACUUCGAAGCCGAGGCCAUGAGGCCUGAUGCUUGCGAGAUCAUGUGGGCAGUCUUCGCUGCUUUCACUAAA